AUGGCUAACACAAGAGACUUGUUAGCGCUAGCCGAACGCAUGGGCCUAGAAGGUGCGGAGUUGAGGGCACGGUUGAACGAACAGGAAGAGCGUGCGCGAGAAGAGCGGGCAGCGGAGCGAGAAGAGCGGGCUGCGGCGCGAGAAGAGCGAGCAGCGGAGCGCGAGGCUAAAAGGCAGGAACUUGUAUUAGAGGAGAAAAAUUUACAGUUACGACUUAAAGUCGCGGAAGCUGAGGGCAAUCGUGGCGAGACGAGCCAACGGCAGCUAGAAUUGGAGGAGCGAACGCUUCAGUUGCGCCUCCAAAUGGCGGCAACGGACGCUGCAAGGACAGCUGACCGAGGGCCAGGAGGGAGUGCCCCAUUCAGCGUGAAUCCUCACAGUUUGAUGCCGGGAUUCAACGAAAGCCGGGACGACUUGGAUGCCUAUUUAAAAAGGUUCGAGAGCGUCGCCACCGGACAAGAAUGGCCUAGAGACAAAUGGGCCACGGCUCUAAGUUUAUGCUUGAGCGGAGAAGCUCUGAAAGUCUUUGGACGUCUGUCUCCAGAAGACUCCCUCGACUACGAUAAAGCCAAGUUGGCGUUGCUCCAGCGUUUUCGGUUUACGGCGGAAGGCUACCGGGAUACGUUCCGACAGAGCAAACCCCAAGAUGGCGAAACUGGAAAGCAGUACGCAACUAGGCUACUGAGUUUCUUUGAUCGGUGGGUGGAAAUGUCCAAAACCAAAAAAGAGUAUUUGGCACUUCGCAACCUAGUGGUGACGGAACAGUUUCUGAACAACUGUCAUCAUCGAUUAGGACUCUUCCUGCGCGAGAAGAGCUAUCGCCAGCUAGAUGACAUGGCCGAAGCUGCCGAUAAUUUCCUAGAGGCUCAGAGACAGCCCAAUUUGUUAGUGUUCCGGCAGAAAUCGGAAGGCAGUAACCCCACGGAGAAAACCGGAAGCCCAUCUGAGAGAGUUCCAAUGCGAUGCUUCGUAUGUGGAAAACUGGGUCACGGGGCAUCAGACUGCCGAUCUAAGCAGAGGCAACCGUACUGCGGGUAUUGCCGUAAGCCCGAGCAUGAUGUCAAAGCCUGCACCAAGAAAAAUGAUCCACCUAGGACGUCUUGCCUAUUGUCGCCAGAAGAGCGCCUGGAAGAGUCAAACGCAGUAGUCGUUGAACAAGACGUAGUUAGCACGGUGAAGACUCCCACGAGGAAUGUGGCACGCAAGAUGCCAGUGCUAAAGGGCUUCGUCUUCGGACAGACCGCGUCAGUCUUGCGAGAUACGGGAAGCAACACGCUGGUUGUGCGUCGUUCCCUCGUACCAGACAAGGCUAUGACAGGUACCACCGCUAAGCUGGUCCUGGCGGAUGGCAGCAGCAUCGAAAUUCCCGAGGCCAAGGACACCAAGGAAUCAAGAGAACGAUCGAUCGUGUUCGAGAAUCCUUCUACUGGCCAGGAGUCCAAGAAGCAGUGA